UCCUUCAGUUGAGAAGAGAAAGAUGAAGUAUUUUUGGUCUCCAGUUUUAUUUGUUUUAGUUCAUGUAACAUGUACUUCUGCUAUUCCGCGACUUUUCGAAGCUGAGAAAUAUGAGAAGGAUCGGCAGUUGGCUGAGACUUACCUGAACCAAUUCUACAAUCUUGAAGAUCACUCAACACAAAUCAUGGAAAAGUCCAAAAUCUACAAAGCAUCAGGUUCAUUAUCGGAGAAGAUGAGGAAAAUGCAAGAAUAUUUUGGCCUCAGGGUAACUGGCUCUCUAGAUGCUGAAACUCUGGGAGUCAUGGAAAAGCCUCGAUGUGGAGUUCCUGACGUUGCUGAAUAUAAUCACUUCCCAGGAAAACUGAAAUGGAAACAGAAUAAGUUAACAUACAGAAUUAUAAACUAUACGCCGGAUCUUUCACAUGAUGAGGUGCACCUGGCAAUAGAGAAAGCUUUGAAGGUUUGGAGUGACGUCACGCCUUUGGAAUUCAUCAGAAUUAAUGAGGGACAAGCUGAUAUCAUGAUCAAAUUUGGGGCUAGAGAACAUGGAGACAAUUAUCCAUUUGAUGGACCAAAUAGCAUACUGGCCCAUGCUUUUCCUCCAGGUGAAGGUAUUGGAGGGGACGCUCACUUUGAUGAAGAUGAAGAAUGGACAAUGGGAUCAAAUGGGUACAAUCUUUUUAUUGUGGCUGCCCAUGAAUUUGGCCAUGCAUUGGGACUGGCUCACUCUCAAGAUCCCGGUGCAUUGAUGUACCCAAUGUACGUAUACACAUCGAUGAAAGAGUUCCGUCUCGCACGUGAUGACGUUAAUGGAAUCCAAGCUCUAUAUGGUUCAUCAAAUGAGGUGCAUCCACCACCAGCAGAAACGCCUGAUGUCUGUGAUCCUUACUUGUAUUUUGAUGCUGUUGCUAGUCUUCGUGGAGAAACAUUAUAUUUUAAGGACCGGUUUUUCUGGAGGAAAUAUUCACAUCAAUCUACUAGUGAGCUUGUUUUAAUUAAAUCAUUUUGGCCAAAGCUUCCUGCCAGGAUUCAUGCUGCGUACGAAAAUCAAAAAAAUGGUUUACUCAUUGUUAUUAAAGGAAUGAAAUACUGGGCCAUCGACGGCUACAACAUCAUGCCGGAAUAUCCAAAGUCCAUCUACAAAUUUGGUAUUCCAAAAUACAUCAGGAAAAUAGAUGCCACUGUUCAUAUUGAGAAGACUUCAAAGACAUUAUUCUUUGCAAGAGGCCAGUACUGGAGCUAUGAUGAAGUGAAACAGAGGAUGGAUGAAGGUUACCCACGACGGAUGGUGGAUGACUGGCCAGGAGUCCCUUCCAAGCUGGAUGCAGCAGUUGAACGUAAUGGAUAUAUUUACUUCUUCUCUAAAUCAUCUCAGUUCAUCUUCAACCCAAGUGAGCAACGUGUCUUUGCAAUACAAAGAAUCAAUUCACUGUUGGGAUGUUAAAUUCCUCGACGUAUCAAGCUGUGUCAAAUAAUCUAAUUCGAGCAUCUUUGCAAGAGGCGAUUUAUUGGGUCUGCACUAGUAUAAAAUCGAACAACAAACCAGAAUAUAAUUUAAAAUGCCUCGCCGUGUAGCCUACUUGUACGACAUAAAUUAAAAACUGAUAAUCUGGCAUCCUUGGAAUAUUGGUGGGGUGGACCCGCAGAU